UUGGUUGACCACAAUCCGAAAUAUGUAUUUCCGACCGAAACGUGUCACAAAGGUUGUGCUGGUUGAUCUGCAGGAAGGAAGAAUUGACAAGCACUUAAUCUCUGCAAACUUACAUCGCAACCUUAGUAACCAACUCGAGUGAAAGUGUGAUGAUCAUGCCACGAUGUGAAACAAGUUCAACCCUGGCUUGUUUGUUCAGCUCUUGAAAUUUACACGAAUAAAUGCCAAAAACGUAAACUCGGUUUGAUUCUGUAAAUAUGAUUGGAAACAGCAUUUCGUAAAUCUUUGUCAAAAGAAUUGAGUAUUUUAUUACAAUGCACACUUUCUCCGAGGGCAGUAUGAAGGUGGAAAUCGUUCAUUGCAGGUCUUCCUUCCUUAAAAUGAAUUGUUCAACAAAUUUUACAAUAAAUUUUCUAGAUUUUGUUCGAAAUUCUAACAAUUUUAAUACUUCUAGCACACGCAACUUUAGAAUCUGGUCGUUAAUGUAUAGCGAUCUCAUUGCAAUGACAGUGCUGGGUUUUGUUCUCAUAAUUAGCGAGAUUUGCAUUGUUCUCCGGGUCAUACCGUUAUUCCGACGUUACGGAAUAAGGAAGUUAAUUUCAGCCCCAACAUUCCUUAACUUGCACUUGUCCCUGAUUUUGGCCGUGAUAACGCCAGCAUUUAGAGUUUUCCGCCAAUUCAAUAUUUUCCCGUGUAGUGCUCCGUUUGGAUGUGGGAUUUGUGGAGUCAUAUCAAGGACCCUCCUGUCCACAUAUCCGUUUACCAUGACUUCAAUUUUCUACGAAUUGACAAAACCAGGGCGAAGAAAGAAAGGAGGAUGGAUUCUUUUAUUCUUUGCACCUUGGACUGCAGCAUUUUCACUGUCAAUUCCAGUAUAUUGGACAUAUUCAUAUAUUGAAGGGUCAAAUGAGCAUGGAAAUCAGACUACAGUAUGUGCAAGGGCUUUGUUCAUGGGUUCGCGUAUCGCUUAUCUCGGAUAUGAGUGUACUUCAGUGUUCUUCAGAUACGUUGUCCCCUCAGCCUACAUGUUUUACGGUUUGUAA